GUGUUUCCUCCCAGCUGCUCUUAUAAAAGGCAGAGGGAGGUCAAGGUGAUCUGAAAGGAACGUGGCCCUCUCCUCCUGCACCCCAGCUUUAGGUCCUGAACUCCCUCUCCCACACAUGGCAGGCCUUGCAACCAUGGUGGCCAGCCUCCUGCUGCUGGCCCUGUGUGCCCACCGCAUUGCCCCUGCAGGCUCUGUGACCAUCCCCUCUUCCUGCUGUAUGUCCUUCAUUUCCAAGAAAGUUCCAGAGAGCCGAGUGGUUAGCUACCAGCUGUCCAGUGGGAGCCUCUGCCCCAAGGCAGGAGUGAUCUUCACCACCCGGAAGGGCCAGAAGUUCUGUGGCGACCCUGAGCAGCUCUGGGUCCAGACAUACAUGAAGAACCUGGACGCCAAGCAGAAGAAGGCAGCCAUGGGGCUCAGGGUGAUGGGUGUCAAAGCCCUCCCGCAGAGGCCCCCUGCCAGUAGCACUGCCAUCUAACCACCGCCCGGCCCUCAGCUUGGGGCCUGUGCCCCAGUGAUGAGAGGGGGAGAGUUCAUGCACCCUGGGCCCCCUGCCUUCCCUGAGCUGGCAGAGAAGGUUCUGGAAGGAAGAUGGUGGCAGCCGUCCGCCCUCCUCCGGAGCUUAUGCUGGCCCUUCCCUGCCUUCCAGGCACCCAGAGCCCAGGUGCAUCGGGCCCCACCUGCAGACAGGCACUGCUUGUGUCUCAAAGCUUAGCCUAGAGCUGGCUUCUUGGGUCCUCGGGUCUUGCAGUGGGAUCUGUCUGUCUGUCUGGGUACGGGUGACCUGUCAACAGCUGUGGCUCUUCAUCGCUCUACAGAAGCCCUGAGCCUGCCCCACUUCCAGAAUCCCGGGUGAAUAAAAACCCAACAAAAUCUAGGGCUCCUUUGCUGCGCGCGUUGCCAGAUCCCCGGCCUCCCUCGCACACAGCUCAUGGGAUGUAAUUAAUGACGUUUUCAGGGACUCUUUGGUUUUUGUGAUGAAAUGGACCUGGAGGGUGAGGACGAGGGGCCAGCCUGGGUUGUUAAAUUCCUUUGGGAAGAAAGAGUUUGGGGGAGGCGUUCCGCUUUAUGGAAUGGCUUGCCCUGUGCUUCCCUGGGGACAAAGAGUUCCCAGAGAAGUGUUCUUUCCCUACCUUUUCCCUACAUUUCCCUACAUUUUUGGAAUGUGAGGAUGGAGUCGGGGCUCUGGUAGGAGAAGGAUUCCAGGGCCCCCCCCCCCAUGUAUGAGAUAUUGUGUGAUUUGUAUGUCAAAAGUGUAGACACAAUUUCUCUUCUCAAAUAACAAUUCAAAUAAAAUGUGAUUUCUCCUUCUCA